UGAAAUAAAACCACACAAGGAAGUAAAUUGCCUCAAUUCUAUGAAAUAAAAAUACGGAAACUAAAUGCAUUUUACCCAGCUAAACAGUGGAUAUUGAUGAUACGAAAGUAAAACAUUGAAAUAUGACACAGCAAAUGCUACAGUCAAAAAUUGGCGGGAAUGCAGCGCCCUCAAUCCUUGUAGCAGCAAUUGACUUCGGCACUACAUACUCUGGUUGGGCGUUCUCCUUCAAACAUGAGUUCGACUCGGAUCCCAUUAAAGUGUCGGCAAAACAGUGGACUGGAGGUCAGUUGGUGUCUUCUAAGGGACCGACGUGUGUUUUAAUAAAACCAGACGGAAAAACUCUUCAUUCUUUUGCUUUUGAUGCAGAAACCAAAUAUGCAGAGUUAGCGGAAGAAGGUGAACACAAAGACUGGUAUUUCUUCAAACGGUUUAAGAUGAUGUUAUUUGGCAAAAUCGGCAUACAACGCAACAUCAUGCUUGAAGACGCUACAGAGAAGAAACUUCCGGCAAAAACUGUCUUCUCAUUGGCCAUACGGUUUCUCAAAGAUGAUCUCUUAUCCAUGUCUAAACAACGUCUGAAUGACGGAGGACUUGACGUCAAUGACAUUCACUGGGUUCUCACUGUUCCCGCCAUUUGGAACGAUGCAGCCAAACAGUUUAUGAGAGAAGCAGCCGAGACUGCUGGGAUUCCAGGAGCAAAUCUUACCAUAGCUUUAGAACCAGAGGCGGCGUCUUUAUAUUGUCGACAUCUGCCGGUAGAACGUCACGUGGGGACCGAUACAAAAGCAAAAUUCUCUCUUGCCAAGUUUAAAGCUGGAACGAAAUAUCUUGUCUUAGAUGCCGGUGGAGGCACUGUUGACAUCACUGUUCACGAGGUGAUGGAAGAUGCGAAACUAAAAGAGCUACAUAAAGCGAGCGGUGGUGCAUGGGGUGGAACAAAAGUUGAUGAAGCUUUCAGACAAUUUAUCAUCAAACUUGUUGGUGGUCCAGUUGUGAAGAAGUUUCAAGAAAAGCACAUGGAAGAUUAUCUGGAAAUAUUUCGUGACUUUGAGAUAAAGAAGAGGGAUAUAGGACCGUCCAGAUCAGGGAAAAUUACAAUCCGUAUGCCUAUAUCUCUAAUGGAAUUGUUUGAACAAUACACAGACGAGACAUUAAAAGAAGCAAUUCCACAAACCAUCUUUGCUAAUCAGAUAUCAAUUACAGGAGACAAAAUGCGAGUGGACGUCUCCGUUUUCAAGAAAUUUUUCCAGGAACCAGUUGACAGUGUAAUAGAACAUGUUGGAAAUCUGUUAAGGGAACCUUCUGUAAAAGGCUGUGUAGCGAUUGUCAUGGUUGGCGGAUUUUCUGAGUCACCGAUGCUACAGGAAACGGUAAAAACCCAGUUCCCUAGUGUCAAGGUCAUCGUCCCUGAUGAAGCCGGAUUGGCUGUUUUGAAGGGCGCUGUGAUAUAUGGUCAUUGCCCCCAAAUUAUUGCUGAACGGGUUAGCAAGUUUACAUACGGGGUAGAAUGUACACAAUCAUACGUAAAAGACCGUCAUCCCGAACACAGGAAAAUUAAAAACGAAGAUGAUGAAUUUGAAGUUGAAAAUGUUUUUAAUAUAUAUGUGAAAGCUGGUCAGAAAAUAAGAAUAGAUGAGGAGUUUAAAGACGAAUAUCGCGUUGCACGAGCGGAUCAAGACGGGAUGUCAGUCAUCUUCCAUUAUACAGUAAAACCAGAUCCAAUGUUUAUUGACGAAACUGGUUGCAAUAAACUAGGGACUAUGCAAGUUGAUGUACCAGGAUACGGGAAAGAUAGAAAAGCGAUAGUAAGUCUAAGAUUUGGUAAGACGGAAAUUGAAGCAUCAACAAAAGUCAUUCAUACAGAUAAAGUAACAACAACCAAA